ACGACGUCGUUCGCUUUCCAUCUUCCAAUCCGCUGCCUUCAAUUUUUUCUUUUCCCUUUAUUUUCUCACUUUAAAUCUUCCUGCUUCACCUGCUUCUUUUUUUUUCCUUUUCGAUUUUUUUUCUUCUCACCUCAGUUUCUCUCAAAAGUCAAAAGCUCCUGCGCGGAAAAUCUCUCCCCUAUUUUUCCCGUUCUCCGAUAUUUGUCAUCGUUAUUCCAAAACGUUUUUGCUCGCUCGCACUUAGUAACCCUUUCUCCAGUUUCCUCUCAAUUUCUACAAAAAAUUGUCCGAACCCCAGCCCAAAGACCCGGUUCCCCAAGCUGAAGACCCGACGGCACGCCCCACCGGGAAACCCACUGGUGACCCGACGUCCCGACCCGCUUUUGAACUCGGGCGCCUUCAUGAUCUCGACCGGAACGACUACGGGGCAGAGUCCCCGGAGAACCAGGAGGAAGAAGACAACACACAGAAUGUGAACUUCGAAUCGGGUGUGGUUAUUGCACCGGUACUGCACACACAAUGGCGGGAAACCUUACAAUAACAACAACAAGGCCAAUCUCCUCCUCGCUUGUGAUUGAUUCAAAAGCUAAAGGGGAGUUAAUGAAAGAGAAUUGGCAUAUGCUGUAUAACAUGCUUUGGGAAUUUUUGAUCUCAAUGCUAGUUAUUUCGACUUCGGUGUAUGGACUAAUAUUAUUCAACAAACUAUAUGCUUAUGUGCUUGCCCUCGGAACCGUGUUGGCCGCGAUUAGUGUUAUUCAGGGAGUCGGAAAAGCUUAUUUUACGUAUUUGCUACAUAUUGAACGUUUUGAUAUCUUGAGCGCAUGGAGUCGGAACACACUCGUCAGCUUAUUAUACGGCACUGUCUAUCGCGACGAUAUUCUCCAAACUAGACGACAUCGCUCGUCUCACGAAACCUCAUCAACAGCAAAUAGAGCAAACUCAGUGGUCAUUAGGGCCUGUUUGGUUGAAUUAAGCAUUGAACACUGAAUGCUGAAUAUAUUGCUGAAUCGUAAAGAGCAGUGUCUGAAUACUGAAUGCUGAAUGUUUAAGCUUGUUUGAUAA